AUGGUUAACAUAAAGAAACAUAAAUAUGGCUAUAUACAUCUUUCUGCAGGAGACCUUCUUCGUGAUGAAAGGAAAAACCCAGAAUCGCAGUAUGGUGAACUCAUUGAGAAAUACAUUAAAGAUGGAAAGAUUGUGCCAGUUGAAAUAACCAUCAGUUUGUUAAAGAGGGAAAUGGAUCAGACAAUGGCUGCCAAUGCACAGAAGAAUAAAUUCUUGAUUGAUGGGUUUCCAAGAAACCAAGACAACCUUCAAGGAUGGAAUAAGACCAUGGAUGGGAAGGCAGAUGUAUCUUUCGUUCUGUUUUUUGACUGUAAUAAUGAGAUCUGUAUUGAACGAUGUCUCGAGAGGGGGAAGAGUAGUGGCCGGAGUGAUGACAACAGAGAGAGCUUGGAAAAGAGAAUUCAAACUUAUCUUCAGUCAACAAAACCAAUUAUUGACCUAUAUGAAGAUAUGGGGAAAGUCAAGAAAAUAGAUGCUUCUAAAUCUGUUGAUGAAGUUUUUGAUGAAGUUGUGAAGAUCUUUGACAAAGAAGGCUAACUUUAAACCUGAAAGCAUCGUAGAUACCAUGCUUGAAUAUUGCUUUGAUAGCUGCUAUCACCACCCCUUUUAAGGCAAUUCUAGCCUUUCAUAAUUACAUCUCAGUAAAUGGUGGGAAAGUAUGUAGAAAGACAAAUUACAUUUUUUUUUCAAAUUACAUUUUCUUCAGUUUUUUUUUUUUUUGUUUUUGUUUUGGUCUUAGAUGUAGACAGUAAAUUUGGGUCUAAUUUAUCUUAGCUAUGGUGCUUGCAAAACAGGAGGAUAUUGGCUAUUGUUUUUAUUCGAAAAGAAUAUCCCUUUUAUAAUUUGUGCCUUUGUGAGCAAAACUUUUUAGUGUAUGUGUAUAUCCCUUUAGUAGUUACAACAUAUUAAGUGUAGGGAUACCCUCUUCCCCUCUUUCUUGCAGGUUUUAAAUUUCCAACCUACUAAGUGAAUUUGUGGACCAAAUUCCAAAGGAAAUUUUUGUGUAGUUAGUUCUUGUACAAUGUGUUUGGUAAACAAACUCACAAAAUGAAUUCCUAGAAGUGUUUUAGUAUUUAUCAAAUAACUGACCAUUUCCUAUAGAGCGGUACAGAAACGUUGGGAGGCUUUGUGUUAUACCACAACUUGUACAAAGUUGUGUGAUAGGGGAUAUUCUUUAUUCCCGGGGAUGGGAUUUACAGGGGGGCUUCAGAGCCUGGGAGAAUUGUCAACUUUAUUCUGACAUAAAUCUGAGGGUAAGGAGCAAGGACCUACAUCUAAUAACACGUAUUCCUUAAGAGUGGAGCCUUGAAAUGUGUAUAUUAGAUGGAUGGUAAAAUGAUUCAGUUGGCAUUUUAGUAACACUUUAAAAAAUCUUUUUGGUUUGUUUUCUAGACUAAAUAUAGGAUUAGUAAAAAGAAAUCUAAUGGUUAAA